AUGGGAAGCCGAAGCUACUCGGCCAACCCGAGCAACUACAAGCUUCUAGAAGAAGAGGUGGCAGUCAAGUGUCUGGAUCUGGAUCGAUGCAACAGCAAUCUGGAGGACAUAAGGAGGGAGGCGCAGACCAUGAGCCUCAUCGACCACCCCAACGUCGUCAAGGCCUUCUGCUCCUUCGUCGUCGACAAGAGCCUCUGGGUCGUCAUGGGCUUCAUGGCGCAGGGCUCCUGCCUCCACCUCAUGAAGGCCGCCUAUCCCGAGGGAUUCGAGGAGGACGCCAUCGGAUCUAUCCUCAAGGACACUCUCAAGGCUCUUGACUAUCUCCACCGACACUGCCACGUUCACCGCGAUGUUAAGGCCGGCAAUAUUCUUCUCGAUUCCAACGGCCAGGUCAAGCUUGCCGACUUCGGCGUCUCCGCUUGCAUGUUCGACACCGGCGACCGCCAGCGCUCUAGGAACACCUUCGUCGGCACCCCCUGCUAGAUGGCCGGAGCGGACUUUCUAGCGGCCUUCAUCGCCAGCUGCUUACUCGGCGCCUUGCCGCCGGUGGACUUGCAAGAAGUUUGCUUUGUGCGAGCCAUCGAGAAAAGAUGUUUUGUGACGAACAACAAAGUUUAGUGCUUUUGCUUCUUUGAUGGUGGUGGAAACGUUGGAGGGAGCGGUGUGGGAUUUUGAAAUUGCAGUGUGUUCGAGAACGGUGAGAGAGAUGAAUGGGGGAAUAUUGAGAGUUGAUUUGUUGGGAAAAUGAAUGGGUGGUAUUCGUUUGAGGGUGUGAUAGUGCGCGGAUUGGUGACGUGGCAGGGAGGAGUAUGGAAGGCCGUUGAUCUUGCGAUAAUGAAGGGCGGAGAUUGAAUUGCGUUACACGAUGCGGAUUGGUGUAUUCUUGAAGAGGAAACAAAAAGAAAUUUUGAUAUUUGGGCGGGUUCUGAAAAUGGGGCUGCCAAAUCAAAAACUUUGAAGUUUGAAACCCAUGUCCUUAAACAAUUAUCCUACUCGAUUAAUAUUAAAUGAGAUUAAACAAUUAUCCUACUCGAUUAAUAUUAAAU